CUAACUGCGUUACUGAUCGCAAUAAUUUCAUCAACACUCCUUAUCUCAUUAUACGAAAUAAUACACCUACAGUAUCUUCUCAAACUUCUAAUCAAACUUUCUCUCAAAUUUCUAGCGAAACAUCUUCUCAAUCUUCCAGUCGAACUCCUUCACAAUCAUUUAGCUGA